AUGGACUCUCCUCUCGAUGCAGCAAAGCUCUUCCGUGUCGACGGUAUGGUGGCCGUCAUCACAGGCGGAGGCACAGGAAUCGGCCUCACCAUGGCGCGCGCCCUGGCCAUCAACGGCGCACAGCGCGUCUACAUCCUCGGCCGGCGCCUGGACGUCCUGCAGGACGCCGCCGCCAAGCACCACCCGACCGUCUUCGUGCCCAUCCAAUGCGACGUGACCUCCAAAGACUCCCUCCAGGCCGCCGUCGACCGAAUCAGCUCAGAGGUAGGCUACAUCAAUCUGUUAGUAGCCAACUCGGGCAUUGGCGGGCCCGCCGAGCGCUGGGACCGCACCCUGCCGCUGUCCGAGAUCCGCGCCCAGAUGUUCGACCAGUCCGUCAUGUCGCGCAUGACCGACGUGAUGAACGUCAAUGUCACGGGCGCCUUCUUCACCAUGGUGGCCUUCCUCGAGCUGCUGGACGCGGGGAACAAGAGGGCCGUGGCGGUGCGGCCGGGCGGCGAAAUAGUAUUUGGCGCGCCGCUGCAGCCGGGCGGGGGCGACGUCCCCUCGAUCCAGAGCCAGGUCAUUGUCACGAGCAGCAUCGCCGCGUACAGCCGCGACCCCGUAUCGAGGCCGGGAUACGCUGGCAGCAAGGCGGCGAUCCUGCAGUUGACCAAGCAGGCCAGCUCGAACCUGGCCAGGUUCGGCAUUCGGGCCAAUGCCCUGGCCCCGGGAUUGUUCCCUUCAGACCUUACGCAUGGUAUCAUCAGUACCCGAAACCCCGACAAGGAAGACCCGGAUAACAAGCUAUUCCAACCCGCCCGCCGAUUUGGUGGCGAUGAGGAGAUGGCCGGGACGCUACUUUAUCUCGCAAGCCGGGCGGGCGCGUACUGCAAUGGCACGGUGAUGGUGAUGGACGGUGGCCGUCUGGGCGUCAUGCUGUCGUCGUACUAA